UUAACGCACUCAACCCCCCCUCGCUGACACCCCUGACAUGCUAUUUGACACCCCCUCUGAGUCUGCCUUAAUGUAAUGAUAGCAAACUGGACAUUAGAGCUGGGCCGAUACAUCCAAAUGGCGAUAUUACCGAUACAAGGAUGUUAUCGGUAGUAGAUCGAUACCCACGUGAUGAGAUGGAUAUUUGUCAGUUAUAUUGUGUGUUUAUUUUCCACAAGCAGUUCUGAUGGAGGCGUUGGCUUUCAGAAGAAGUUCUCAGGCGGAUGAGGGAUGCCCAAGGGUCCGGCAGCUCCAAGAAACCUCCAUCCCAGCAAGACGGCAACAAAACAUCAAGUUUAAAAUCACCCAGAGCCUCGACGACAGAAGUACAAGAAGAAAUCCGUAGAAAUUUUGAGAACCAGCAGGCCUUGGUGCAGGACCAGUUGGCCAGACUUGCUCAGAGGGAGAGGGAGACUGCAGCCACUGUGGGGUUGGAUGACCUGAGCCCCGCCCUCAUCAUCGAGAAAGGGAAGGCUUGGGAAGAACACGAAAAGGCUAAGAUGCUGCCUGCCGAUUUAGAUGCCUGGGCCAGACAACUGGAGAGGAAAGAACAAGAAUUGGCCAGCAUUUCCAGCUUCUACAAAGAUCAACUAGAGAUACUGGAAAAGAAGAACCUGGACUCUUACCAACAGACGGCUGACCAGUACGACCAGGCGGCCACCAAAGCUGAGGCGAAAAUCAGCUGUAAGCAUCAGCACCAGCACCAGCAUCAGCAUCAGCACCAGCAUCAGCACCAGCAUCAGCAUCAGCACCAGCAUCAGCACCAGCAUCAGCAUCAGCACCAGCAUCAGCACCAGCAUCACCAGCAGUCCUGCUCUUUUUUAAAACGGUGGAAUCAGAGAGGCUGCAGUCUGCUUAAGGGAAAACAGAAGCAGCGUGAUGUCCCAAAAAGAACAUGUUUUCCUUCGGGAUGGCAGAGCUCAAAGCUCACCUGCUGACAAAAAAAAGCAUGCGAGUUUCAUUCCAGGCUGAAAUGAUGCCAAACUGGCGCCGCCACAGUCUGCAAGCUGUGCCAAUUUACACCGCGUUGUAGCGCCUUGUCCCCCCGGUCGAGGGGGGGCGGUCCAGCUCACGGUCCCUUUGCUUUAUAUGACAAUAAUGAUCGCAUGGCUAAUAUAGACAACUUUUUUAGGAAUGUUUUUGCUAUUUGCGUGUACUUGUACACAAUCAUAUAGCCAGAAAAAGAAAACAGGAACGGAAAGUUUAUUUUGCCAUUUUCGCAUUGUGUUGCUACCCUCUACUAUUCAUAAGCGUUCAUUGCCGUCAAUUGAAUCCAAUUCAAGCCCAAAAUGUAGUCGGCAUGAUGACGUUAAGCAGGUUUUGUUGCUGACUGUCAACCGCUGUAUGGACGAGGUGGAGGAGGUUACAAGUUCACUUCAGCGCAAUUUUGCCGAAGGAAGAGCACAAUCUGCUGUUUAUGAUUAUUUAUGAUUUAUUAUAUAUUUGACAAUCCCGUCCACUCACACGGACAUGCUUGGUAUUCAGGCGGCUGCGUGCUAGUCAUGUUCUGUCGCCGUCUGGGCAGCGUUUCAUUGUGCUGUGGUCACUGUCAUUUCACAGUAUUUCACAGUACACCGUGAAAUACCAGACAGUAAUUAUUCUAUUUACUCCAAGCUGAAGGAUGAGCCGCUUGUGGAAGGCUGAGGACGAGGCUGCCGUAUUAUUUGUGUUACUGUACUUUUUUAUCUCGCAUCCUGCUGGUCCUCAGCUACAAUUCACGCUCCUGUCAUUUUCACUUUCCAAUUAGUUACGAAUUUUUAAUCUUACUUGGUUUCUUUGUCAAAUGUUAUAGAUGUUUGUCUUUGUUUUUGGCUGCUUGGACUUUCAGAGCAUCUGUCUUCUGUUUAUUGGAAGAAAAUAUAGAAAAGUCAGUUGUGUAAGUAAGAAGUUUUGCUCACCAGCUCAACUGGUACUGUACGUGCGGCGUAAACUAUGCCAACUCAUUGGUCUAGCACAGGGGUGGGCAAACUACGGCCCGGGGGCCACAUCCGGCCCGCCAAGUGUUUGAAUACGGCCCGCCCAAUCUUUCAAAAAUAUUGAAUUUAAAGUCAACAUACAACCUGGCAUCAUGGCCUGAGCCAACCUUUUGAUGGUUGUAUCAAUUUCGUUGUUUGACAUGGUCUGUUGUUUACAAAGUGCUCCUGAAAAAAGAGACACA